AUGCCGUCGACACGUCUGGGAAUGUACCACAUCCACGGUCCCACUCUGGAAAUGAUGAUGCAUAAAAUGGACUCCGGACAAGCCAUUCCCGUUCUUCCCGACCCUAUCUCUCCUGCACGAGGUACAACUGCUUGCACAACGUCACUCGGGAGGCCCCUCCGAGAACUAGGCAACCCUACCAUCCGUUACAGCGGAGUAACUACUACCGAGUUAGCUUGUCUCAUCACCAAUUCCGCGGGAUGA